AUGUUUAUCGAACUCACUUGUAUCAGCGAUGGAACAUGCGUGUUCUAUAAGCGAGAGAACUGGCGUCUUGUGAAGGAUCUGUCCAAGAUUGACACCAACCUACGGGUUCCUCUAUCAAUGGUUUUACUCGAGUGCGAGUCUGAAUCCACUGGUACUAGUGAGCCCUGGAAACUGCUGGUGGCAUCUAUCCAUCUGAAAGCCGGUGAAGAUCGGAAAGCAGACCAACGUCGGCAAGAACAACUCACAUGGGUGAUUGAGGAAAUAGAAACCGCUACAAGAGUGUAUGGAGCUCCGGUACUCGUGUGCGGCGACUUCAAUGCUGAACCAUGGGAGGGAAGUAUUCAGACCAUUCUGAAGUCUACAGAUUGGAAAUCAGCAUAUCCACUCGAAGAAUCUCAACUACGCCCUACGACGAUUCAACAGCGCAAGGGGAAGCCUGUGACCCGCAGGCACAUCGACUACAUCUGUGAUGAAGUCGAUGAUGUUUUCAAGUCGUUUGAACAGAUAGUCGUAUUAGCUUUAAACGGCGAAAGAUCUUCUACAGCUGAUCGGCGAGAGGUGGGGAGGUGGAACGUUGAUGCACUAGAGCGAUCUGAUAUAUGCAUAUUCGAGGUGGAAGAUGUCAAAUGUCAAGAGGAAACUGGUCGUCAGGUCAGUUUGGGUUUCGCGCUGGCGAGGAAGCCGAGAUCUGUGCUGCUACUCCAUACAAGCUCCGACGAUUUGCCACCAAUGAUCGCUCACUACUGUUCUGAUUAUGGUGUGGCGGUUUUCAAAUCGGAGGAGGAUUUGUAUGAAAAAAUUAAAGAUAAGAUAUUCGAGAUCCGACAGAGCAAGAGUGCCGAUGAGAAUCUGAACUGA